UAAACCAAAACCUGACCUUAACUUAAUUGUCUAGCCUUUUUCUUGCAGUACAUCUCCUGCCCCCUUCUGGCUUGAAAUUGCUUAGACUUCAGAUCUAGUUUGGGCUGUUCCAAGGAUCACGCAUAAUACUGACCGUAGUGAGAAUUAUUAGACCUGGCUGAAUAUAGCCUAAGGGGUUUAUAUGGAUAAACUAAAUAUUGUGGCUGACAUCAAACAUGCUUCUUCCACAGCCUAUAUUCGUCAAGUCUAAUCAUUCUCUCUGGCCGGCCGGAACUAUAAACAAGUCCAAUUGUUUCCACCCGUAGGGAUUUAUUGGUCGAAAUGUUUGAGCUUUUUACGAACCAGAAAACCACACUUUAAUCUGUAAAUUGUUUCGCUAAUUAGUCAACUUAAGUGCAUUCAAAUAACGCAAUCAACUCAAACUGUGACAGUUAUUUAUCUAAAGGUGAGAUGGCAGCAUCCGGGUUGGACGAUUUGAAUUUUACAAUGAAAGAGAUAACCGGCACGCGCCAGUCUGUCUCGGGCAGCACAAGUGAUGAGACGUUCACUGCCAGUGUUGUGCCUGAGAGUUCGUCGACUCUUUCCCUAUCAGAGGACAAUAAACUCGUCUGUGUGGAAUAUCCAGGUAUUAUCUCCAAUGUGGACAAGAUGCUGGAAAGUAUUGGGGGUAUACAAGGGAUGUCCAAGACCUAUGCUGACCCCAGCAGACGGUUGGAACUUCGCUUUCGUCCCCAGGACCCGUUCUGUCACCCUGUCUGUGGAAACCGUUACCCCUCCACCAACCUGCUGCUGCGCAUGAAAAGGAGGGUGCGUAAAGGCAACCCCAAGGAAGCCCAAAUCAACAUGGACAUCCUGGGUGUCAUCGGGACAACAUACAAAUUCCAAGGGAUGGCAGACUUCCAGUAUCUUGCAGUGCAUUCAGCAAAGGACGGCUCACACACAUCCCUCUACGAUAAGAUCAUCUUGCGUAAACCAGAGAAUAAUGAGUUCUUUGAGCAGCCUGUGCCCCUCUUCCUUCCUCCACCCAUCUUCUCUCGCCUGGACAGUGCUGUGGACUAUAACUACCGACCUGAAAUCCAACACAAAGAAGGCCAUUGUCCCCCAACAGUCUCCAGGGAUAAUCUGAUUGGUUUGAGUCGAGCGCGUCGGCCUCAUAAUGCCAUCUUCCUCACUUUUAACGACCAGAACAUCCCCACGGAGCCCAUGGAGGCUGCCAAGGUCAACUGGAAGAGAGUGUGUGUUCACCCCAGUGACAUAAAGGCAGAGGAACAACUGAAGGAGAUGUUUGAGAGCCGGCCCAUCUGGUCCGGGUACGCGGUCAAGGCCAACCUGGACCUCCACCCUGAUAAACUGAAGCUGCUGCUCCCUAUCAUGGCCUACUAUAUGCAUAAGGAACGUGAUCAGUCGGAACGAUGGCCAGGAGGAGGAGUGUGACGAGAGGGAUGGCUGGUGUCUGUCCCACACCUCUGAUGACCUCAGAGAUAUCAUGUCCUCUAUGAUCAAGCAGGUUAUCCGUGCCAAGAGGUCAGCUCCACACUCUUCUGGACCUGAGAGUUCUAUUACCAGGCGAAAGACCCCAGAAAGUGGAGAGGAUGAUGAAGAGGAGAAUGAGGAAGAUGAGUUUCAUCCCUCAGAGGGGAGUGACAAUGAGAUGCAGACAGAGAUGCUGGAUUAUAUGUGAGGAUGGACACGGUCUAUCUCUGCCCUGAGAAAUGGACUGGAAUUGUACAAACUUGCUUCGUUCACUAUAAAAACUUAAAUUUUUGUGUAUUUGCAAAUUAGUGUGAAUAAAUGUGUUUUUAAGUUGA